CAUAAUUGCUGAUGUUGUUUCUUCUUCAAAAGAUAAAUGUGGUAAAUGAACACGAUCCGAAAACAAAAUGACACCUUUGUUGAAGAUAAGCAAGUCUAUAUUCAUCUUUAUUGCACUUACUUUUGCUUCUAAAUGGGCUUACCUAUAUUACUAUAACAAGGAAAAGAAAAUAGCGCUAAAAGAAAUUCACGAAGUUUUGAUGUUUUCUCAUGGACUCGGAGAGCUACAAAGAAGUAAAUAUUCAAGAUGCGUCGUUACCCAGAGCAUGGACCGACUGUUAUCUUUUGUAAACUCCCCAAGAUACACAUUGGACAUAUGUAUGUACGUUUUGACUAAUCUGGAUUUAGCCCAGACAGUGUUAAAGCAGCAUUUGAAAGGAGUCAAAGUCCGUGUAAUAGUUGACGCUGACAUGGCGUAUGCUUCUGGUUCUCACAUAAGAAAAUUGGAGAAACAAGGUAUUCCUGUUAGGUGGAUGAAAUCAACAAACCUUAUGCACCAUAAGUUCUCAUUGGUAGACGCGUCGAGCGAAGACGCAGCUAUUGUGCCGGUGGUGAUAAUGGGAUCUCUCAACUGGACCAAUCAAGCUUUGAGUGGCAACUGGGAAGAUGUUACAGUCACUUCACAAAGGGAAAUUGUUGACAAAUACAGACUGGAGUUUGAACGUCUUUGGGUUCUAUUUAAACCAAUAGUAGAUAAGUAUUAAUGUCCCAUGCACAAACACAUUGCUAGUAAUGUGGAAU